AUGAGUAGCCACACUAAUUCGGAUACGUCCUCGGCACAUGGCGAAGUUGUGGGUCGCAAAACUGUGAGCGAUGAAGAUGCAAAUAGUGGAAAAGCUGGCGCAAAACUGUCAAAAGGCGAUGCAGAAGAAGAAGAAGAAGCUGAUAAAAAUUCACAACACUCCUCUAGCACUGCAAAAACACAACAACUGUCAUUACAUCAAAAUCAAAAUGCUAAUAGGUUAAAUAACAUGGACUACGAUUCACUUAUUUCUUCUAUUCCUUCAACGUCAAAAGAAUAUGAACACUUGCAAGCACAGCUACGAGGGUCAGAACCAAUACCCAAAGAGGAGUCGUGGUACAAACGGUUCAUAGUGGGUAAUUUGGUCAAACAAUUUGUCCCGGCUUAUUUUGUCUCUGUGAUGGGUACAGGUAUAUCUUCGACUAUCUUGUAUCACUUCCCAUUUCCUGCUCAUUGGUUGGAGGUGUGUUCUUACAUCAUGUUUGGUAUUUGUUGCAUCUUAUUCAUCGUCAAUGUGAUACUUUUCGUCAUGCAAUGCAUCUAUUUCCCUGCAAAAUUGAGGCAAUACCAUAUCGAUCCUUUGCAAGCAUCAUAUAUGGGCUGUUUUUCGAUGGGGUUCACCACAAUUGUCAAUUACAUCUCAUUCAUUACUAAAAGUCAUCACAUGUAUCUUGUAUGGACCUUGUGGUGGAUAUCUGUCGCCUCAGCCGUUUACACUGCAUUCCCAAUUGUUUAUUUUAGUUUCUUUUCAAAAUUGAAUGCAGUGGAGUCAGACUCAAAGUUGAAUGCCACAUUGCUACUCCCCAUUGUUGCGUUAACUGUGACCUCGUCCUCGGGACAUUUAAUCGAGUUGAACUUGUAUACAUUGAAUGAAACUGUAAUCACCAUGGUUGUCAGUUACAUGCUAUGGGCAUUGUCCAUUUGUUUGGCAUUUGCAAUUAUCACUAUAUACAUAUGGAGAUUGAUCAUGCACAAGAUCCCCCCUACGCAGCUCGUAUUUACCGGAUUUUUACCAGUUGGGUUCUUGGGACAAUCUUCGUACAGCAUUUAUCUAUUCGGCAACAAUUUGAACGAACUCAUACCAGAGGAGCUCAUAUAUGGGAAAAUUUUUCUUUGUAUUGGAGGAUUUCUUGGCCUAUUCAUACUUUCGUUUGGUUACUAUAUGACAUUCAUAGCUGUCGUGUCAAUCUUUUCCAAAAUACGACCAUUUGCCACAAAUCCCAACACCAAUCACACCAAUAAAUACGGUCUUUUGAAACACCAUAAAGGAUUUUGGGCAAUGACGUUCCCUUUAUGUACCAUGUCGUUGUCAAACACUGAAGUUGGGAAAGGCGGUGUUGGGAACUACCCAUUGUUGGCGUUUAAAGUUAUGGGCGCAGUUUUUGCAGUCGCGGGUAUUGGGGUGACAAUCGCUUGUCUUGUUGGGGUUGCUAUCUACUCUUAUGGGAUUGUAAAGAGCGAGUUGGAAGUAAAAUUUAAAAAGUAUAAAGAGGAGAUACUGGUGUAG